AUGAAGUAUCUUGAGUCAUGUGUGAAGACAAGGUACAUUCUCAGAGGUCAAUUGGCAAAAAUUGCACCGUUGGCAAAUGUCAAUAUCCGAGUCAACAUACCUACAGCUAAAGGUUCUUCACAUGACGACUAUGUUGUUGACAAAGACUUACCAUGGUUGAAGAUUGUAAUUGUCCACAACCACUUCAUGUUGAACGAAAGUCUUACAAACCCAUUCUUUGGUAAAAGUAAGUGCAACAUUGUCAGAGCUGUAAACAUUCUUUUCGAGAAAGGUUUGUUGGAACCAAUUCCAGAUGACAAGCUGACAGAAACUUUUGUACCAAAAGACGAAACAAACUUUUCAUUGUUAGCAAGACCAAAAGUUGUUCCAGACAAAGUUCUAGUACAAAAGAAGUACACAGUUCCACAAGGAGUUGGUAUGUUCGGAUACCAACCUGAACCAGAAGAACUUCCAAUGAGGUUGCAAGAACUUCAAGAUGCUAUAAACAAACUUCCAUUGAGACAUCCAAUUGACGUCAAAUUGUAUUGGAGAGCAUCUGAGUUAGGUCAGAAGGUUUUAUAUGAAACAGGUUGCUUCGACGAUGUUUAUGAGAUAACAGGAGAAGUUUCUCAGAAGAUAAGAGACUCACUUGAAUUUCCACAAACUGGACCAAUUGGUUGCGACAAGUUCGACUCAGAUGAAAAGAUAUACUAUGUCGACCUUAACGCUGCAUACAUGAGGUUUGUCCAAUAUAUUCCGACUGGAAUUCCAAACGAAGAUGGUGAGUUCCCGGGAAGGAACUAUACAGUUGGAAAAGUCAUACAACAACU